CUGAAUAUCCAGCUAAUUGUGUUUUUUUCAGUGACCGCAGUCGCUGCGCAGGAUCAGUUCGGAUGCCGAUCAAAACAAUUUCAGUACUGCCAAACACUUUUUGCCGAUGGUUUAGGACUGAAUAGUACAGCGUCUGCAUUGAUGUUCAAAGACUACACAGUGUUAUACAAUUGGUUUCUGUACAAAUGGGGACUCACACCAGGAGACACCACCAACAUGCUCAACGUGUGCAACCAGUUGGAGUUUUUCAAUGGGUGUAUGGGCAACGAUCGAGGAUGCUUCCAGAUCCAGGAACUCAUCAAAGGAACUGAUAUGAACAACGUAUGA